UGGCGUCCAAAAAGGAACCCCAAAGGCCAAAGCUCAAGAACAAAACAAAAAGGCGAAACCCUUUUUCAUCCAGUUCCAAACACAAAGAUACAAAGCAAUCCGCGAGAUUCCUUCUUUUUCUUAGAAAAGUUUCGGUUUUGAUUUUGUUGAAAACGGAAAUAGAGACAUCUUCACCUUCAGGGUUUUGGGGUCUUUCUGUUUGAUGACGUGCGAGGAGAUUCUUUCUCUGUUCGUGUCAGAUGGAAGACCAUGAUAAGUCUCUUCCUCCCAAGGAUUACUAUAAGAUUCUAGAAGUAGAUUACGACGCAACUGAGGAUUUGAUCAGACUCAAUUAUCGCAAGCUUGCGCUGAAGUGGCAUCCGGAUAAACACAAAGGUGAUACUGCAGCUAAAGAGAAAUUCAUAGAGAUAAAUGAAGCUUAUAACGUGCUGAUUGAUCCCGCAGCACGUUUCGAGUACGAUUUAACCGGCAUUUACGAGAUCCACAAGUAUACUUUACGGGAAUAUCUCGCCAGAUUUAAGGGAAUGAUACUCACUUGCAAUGGCCUUGGCAUCAGCCAAUCCUUAGCACCAUGGACACAUCAAUUGUCUGAGACCACCAACAAACCAACAGACUAGCAAGGUUGGUGUUCUUUAUUCAUCACAAAGAAAAUUCCCCAUUACCUUCACAGGAUACUGUAUAAACUGAAAGCAGAAGUUAGAGGGGAGAGCUAUAAACUGUGUCAAGAUUCUCAAACACUUUCCCAUCUCACCGGCCCUUUAACACGGUGUGUUUGUGAUGUACAAUACUGAAGCCGUAGGGCAGAGCAAUGAUGACAUAUUGAAAUGCUUUAGUUAGAUGUUGUAUUUGUUUCUGAAUCUAUAUAGAGUUAGAGAAGCGUAUAUGGUUUCUGGUUUUAAUUCAUACAGUGGUGAUGAUUCAGGUCUUGUACUAAACUAUUUAGAGAGCUUUACAUAAAGACAUACUAUUUAUGAGGCUUGAGACGCGAAAGAGAAUAAUACAAUCAAUGGAUUGAAGCUUC